AUGGCUGAAGAGCUGCAGCAAAAUUCUCAAGGACAGGAAGGCUUUAAGCUUGAGGAGAACGCGCCAAUUAAUGUCAAGGUUGUAAGCUCGACCGGGGACGAGGUUUUCUUCAAAAUCAAGAGCAACACCAAGUUGAGCAAGCUUCAAGGCGCUUAUGCUACUAAAGUCGGUAAGGAUGUGGGCAGCAUUCGAUUUUUGUACGACGGGUCCAGAAUCAAUGACGAUGAUACGCCUGCAAGCCUCGAAAUGGAGGACAACGAUACGAUUGAUGUGAUGGUAGAACAGGUUGGCGGUUCAUCUCCUGCAUAUUUGUACAGUGGUCACCCAUAA